AAAUAUUGUUAUUAAACAAGAAAAAGAGGAUGAUGAUGAGUCACAAAGCAGCUCAGGUGGAGAGGGGGAUCAUAGCCAAGAGCUAACAACAUCAGAAGAGCGUGCUGUAGAACAGACAGAAGAACGUCCCAAGAAAGAAAUCUGCAAAGAAUUUAUUAGAGGCAACUGCAAGAGGCCUGUAUGCAGAUAUGCACAUGAAGUCGACGUAUCUCAGUUGGCUGGAGUAUAUACAUUCUGCUGGAAUUACCAGAAUGCUGUGUGUACAUUUCCAAAUUGCCGGUUUGUACGUGCAUCAGUAUUUGAAGAAGCUGAAUUUUAUCGAACUGGAGUCCUGCCACCACAUGCUAGAAGUCAUCUCAAAAAACCAUCACCUACAUCAGAAGAGACCCAGCAAGAGAUGAGACCAUCUAACUUUACAAACCUUCCUCCACCAGUUCAUCCAACUGUGGAUAAAUCUCUGCCCAUCCUUAGCUGUGUACCUACAAGCACCAUUGAACAAAGACCUGAAGAUGAAAUGAGAAACUUGUUGUCACGCAAUGUUUCUCCUUUUAAACGGGGCAUUGAGGAAUUCACCGGCUCGCCACGUGAACUUGAAGUCAGUGAACAUUUGGCGAAAAAGUGUAAAAACUGCGACAUUGGAGAGUUCAGUUUAAAAUAUAAUAAAGAGAUGAUGGAGAAUAUUUCCCAAUCGUCAGAGGAAAUUAUCAAGAAAAUUGCACAAAUUUCUAAGAAAAGCACGAAAUUGUUGAAUGUCUUGUAUACAGUUGUCAAACAAAUGAGUUGGAACAAGACUGCAACUGUUAACAACGGGAUGAUUAGUGCAGAUAAAGAGAAGGUCUAG